UCAUCAGUCAGACCGUAAUGAAACAUGGCGUCUCAAUUGCCUCGCGAUGGAUAUCGAAACCGAUGCUCUUGUGACAAAGGUGCCGUUUGACACGUCUUACGCUUGUGUGUUUCCCUGACCUGAGCGGACGACAGCAGCUAUUGUUAUUUUGUGGAUCGCUCGUGCUUCGCACCGGCCAGCUGCAUAGCGCAUAUUCUCGCUAAAAUUGAUGUGUCGGGGCGCGUCUGAGCAGCUGCGUUUGUUUUGGUGCGAACACCGGAGCGACAGGGAAAACGCCGAGCUACCUGGUUACGUAAGGACUUCAACGGCCGGAGCAUGGAAGAGAAAUCGCCCGCAGGAUCUCCGAACAGAGUGAGCGUGGAGAAGCAGAAGCGCAUUUUCAAGAUAAUCGUCAUCGGAGACACCAAUGUCGGAAAGACAUGUCUGACAUACCGUUUUUGUUGCGGAAAGUUUCCUGCCAAAACGGAGGCUACUAUUGGAGUCGACUUUCGCGAAAGGACAGUCGAAGUGGAUGGUGAACAGAUUAAGCUUCAGCUAUGGGACACAGCUGGCCAGGAGCGGUUUCGCAAAAGCAUGGUGCAGCACUACUACCGCAAUGUGCACGCUGUGGUGUUCGUCUAUGAUGUCACGAGAAUGGCAUCCUACCAGAGCCUGCCCCUAUGGGUCGAGGAAUGUGACGAGCACCAGCUCACCUCGGAGAUUCCCCGAAUCCUUGUUGGUAAUAAGUGCGAUUGCAAGGACAAGGCUGCGGUGAGCACCAACAUGGCUCAGAAGUUUGCUGAUAUGCACAACAUGCCACUCUUUGAGACUUCAGCCAUGGAUGAGAGUGAGUCAGAUCAUAUAGAGGCCAUCUUCAUGACCCUUGCCCACAAGCUAAAGAACAGCAAGCCCAUGAUGACGCCAUCACACUGGCAGGCCGAGGAGCGCUCCCGCUCUGUACUGCUACGUCAUGCCAAUGAUCGAUCGUAUUCAGAUUCUUCUUGCUCUUGUUGAGAUUUAGUUGUAUGUAUCGACGUUUCUCUAGCCCUUCUGCCUAUUGCAUACGCACAUAUAUAUCUGGUCCUUUUCUUCAUUUUGCUUGCACUGCAGUGCAUUAUGUGUGACCAGAUGCCAUUGUAAAGAUAUUAAUGUAUAGCGGUUUAUUGAUAGACAGGUUUGUAUUGCAACUUUUAAGGCGCAUUUUCUUUAGGCUUCGACAUACACUUUCUGUCAACAUCACUGUUUUGAACAUACAGAAAGUGAGGGGACUAGAGUGUGUCAAGCCAACCUGUGACCCAUAAGCGUAUUUUCACAAUGUAUGAAUAGCUAUACGCACAGCUGCUAGAUUGUGUGCAUCAUAUUGCGAUUUCAGGUGCUGUGAUGUCAUGCUCAGAUGUAGUGUAUUUACGUUGAUCUACAUGCUUUAGCUUUCAACUUGUAAGCAACUGCCGGUGAACACACACUCCAAUGAAGGACAAGCGUCACAUUAUUGGAAACAUAUUUAUCAAUACGCCUCGAUUCCCUUUUACCUGUGCACCAAAAAAAGAUGCACACACCGGACUAAAUGAAAACACUAUUUAUUCUUGUGGCUGUUAUUCCCUUCUUAAUCUUCAUCACGCAAUGGAGCUGGGAUAUCAUAAAAUACAUAGCUGCUUUCUCGUAGAGGUCUAGGAAAACUCGAGCAGCUAUCAUAGUAGAGCAUUUUUCGAAUGCCAUUUCUUGAAUGACUCAGCUAAGAUGAAUUCAUUCUAUGCAUAUGUUUUUUUUUAAUCAUGGCAGUAACAUUCCUUGUUGUGUCACUGUUUUCUCCUUUUAGACCACUACAAUGAUAAGGCUAUGCCAACUUGAUCUCUUAACUGUAGUCUGUGAAGAAUUCAGUGCAGACUGAAUCACUUCAACUGAGAAACUUCUUGGCUGCUGCUUUCUGAUGAUGUUUUUUACACUAUAAUGCUUAUGUUGAACACUAAAUAGAGAUAAUAUUUUGCAACCCUAUUUCGUGUAGUAGUAUAUAAAAAUAGGAAGUGCAAGCAGUGAUUUAAGUUGUGAAUAAGAUUUUUUUAGAGCACUGUGCCGUUCAGUAAUCUUGAUGCAACUUUUGGUGGCAGUGUUCAGCGGAUCUACGGUCUUUAUGCAGCUAUACACGAAGCUUAAUGCAGCCUUAGUUGCAAGUUAUUGAGGUGCUAAAGGCAAGUGACAAAUAUCUUAAAACGGAAGCUCAUGCUAACACUGUGGCAAGAACAGCAAGCAGGUGCUCUUGCAUGUGCUAAAAGCAUGUUUUCUGUGAAAUACAGUAAACUUCCCAAACCGGUGUUUUGUUCCUGGGAUCUGCCUAAUGAAGGUCUGCAAUGAUGAGCAGUGGUAUAAUAGUGUUCACUUUUCAUAAAAAAAAUUUUACUUGCUACGUUAUAAAAGACUACCUCAUUAGCUCUAUCAAGUAAGAAUUUAUACGAAAAAGUAUUGAUGGAAUUACCCCCAGCCUCACUUUUUUGCUACGUUUUUAUCAGUUGUCCUUAGCAUCUAAAAUUAUGUCCAUGGACUAUCCCUGUGAUUUUUUGCUUGUGUCAAUUUAUUGAUAGAAGACAAAUCAAAUGUGCCUGUUUGACUGACAAGGCAAUUUUCUGUGUGAAAAAUGUCACCUAAUGUUUAAUAAUUUUGACUCGCCACUUGGCCUUCCUGGAAGCCAAGUUUAGUGAAUGUUUAUUGUGGAGCAGAACACAUAAGGCAACAAUGAAAAGGUGAACAUCAAAUGUUACAAGUUCCCCAAGGGAUAAGUUGCUACUGAAUUGUGUCUGAUGCCAUAAAUUGUCGUUGGCAUUCUGUACUGCUACCACUUUUGUAAUCUGGGCUAAAGAAUGGAAGCAUUAGUUCCAGUUGCAUGAUGUCAAGGCCAGCAUGUGUUUUAAAGCUGCCUAAAAAAGAAAGAGAGAGAGAGAGAUGAACAGCAAGCAUUUUUUGCACUGUAACUUUCUUCACCAAUGUCUAUUGAUAGUUUUGUUUUUUUUUAGAAGAUUCUGCACUCAAAAAGAGCCCUUGCUGUUCAAGAAGUUGCUUUAUACUGUUGUGUGUACUGAUUUAUGUCAGUGCCUAUGUCAACAAAUAAAAGACUCUUAAACUUUUUGUUUUCA